AUGCCAACUGCGGAUCCUCAAUUCAAGUUCAACAAGAAACUUGUUCGCGACCUCAUGACACCAAAGUUUCUCAACAAGGUCUCAGCGCCUCCCGUAUAUGAGAAAGCCACUGCUCUUGUUGCUCUGUGGAACCUGAAGGCAUUCAAGGCUCAUGGCGGCCCUUUUGAGGCAGGAAAUGACUUCUACUCAGCGACUCUCGACAUGAUAUGCGGUGUCGCUUUUGGUAUGGAAGAUACAAAGUCUGCGCUACGACAUGAAAUUGCUCAUGUGCAGUCGACCAAUCCCACCUUUUCAUCGAUGGAGGAUGGACCAGUCUAUUUCUCUCAAGCUCGAGCCAUACCGGAGCUGGAGGCUCUUCUUGACAUCCCCAAAAUGGUGUCCAUAGCUCAAGCGAGUCCGUUUCCCACCUUUUCGCAAUUUCUCGCGUUACUCAAACCAAAACAUGCACGAGCCCAGUGGAAUAGAAGAGCCUUGGUAAAACGACAGAUAGCUCGGAGUCUACCGAGACUUACUUCAGCUGGUGCAGAAGGAUGCAGGAGCGCACUUGAUCAGCUAUUAUGGCGAGAGAUGAAUGCUGCCAAGGAGGCUGACCGAUUGCCGGAUUACUACUCGCCUGCAAUUCGAGAUGAGAUUCUUGGAUAUCUCCUCGGUGGUCACGAUACCACGGCCGCCAGCCUCUCGUGGUGGGUAAAGUUCAUGUCAACCUACCAGUCCGUCCAGGCUCGCCUUCGCGAUGCCCUGCGACAGGCUCACUCCGACGCUUACCGCGACUCUCGGUUUCCAACGAUGGAAGAGAUUUGCGGAACGUCGAUACCUUAUCUGGACGCCGUCAUGGAAGAAGCCCUCCGUUGUGGUUCUGUCGCGACACUCAUCGCCCGAACGGCAACUUGCGAUACGCAAAUCCUCGGGUAUCCGAUUCCAAAGGGCGCCGAUGUCAUCUUAACGGUUACCGGCCCGUCCCUGACCGAGCCAGCUUUACCAAUUCCCGAGUCGCUGCGUUCUCCAGAGUCACAAGAGUCCAAAGACCGAGUUCCCUGCUGGGAAGACGAUGUAUCCGAAUUCAAGCCGGAGAGGUGGCUCAAGCUGGUCAAGAGUGCUGAUGGAAGCGAAGAAGAAGUCUUUGACCCGAAUGCAGGCCCAACUCUCAUCUUCUCGGCUGGGCCUAGGCAGUGCUUUGGGAAAAGACUGGCAUAUAUGAAGUUACGAACAGUAAUGACAUUGUUAAUAUGGAACUUUGAGUUCCAGCUAUUAGAUGGGCCGUUGAACAGUCCGGACAUUCACGAAUGUUUUGUAAAUCUACCAAAGGACUGUUACGUCAAACUUGCAAAAGUAUGA